AUCGGAAAUCAAUCGUAGUGGUCGCAAUAAAGCAGAGCCUGUACUCUAAUGUUCAGUACGUGUUUACGAAAUUAUAAUUUUAUUGUGAAAGUCUUUAGCGGAAAUAUUACCUUGAGCCUUCAGCUUGACGCUGCUCAGUCUUUAAAUGAAGUCGGCGCUGACACAAAUGCGCAGCUGCAGAGCGACAGAGGAGGCUGUGGAAUCAAGUGAUGAUGUCAUGUAGUAAAAUAUAUCACGGGUUGAACGCUCAUACGUAGACGUUAUGCUGGAACGUUUAAUCAGCUGACCGAAACGGAACAAGAAUCUUUCAGAGUUGAUGUCACAGGUCGAAACAACAUCUGACACACAUUUUGAGGUAAGUACAGCUUCAACGAGCGCAGGUUUCCGUGAGUUUUCCAGAGCUCCUUGGGUUUGUUAGAUCAAGGAGCCCAACCGUUGGAUCAGUGUUGCCACGCCGCCGGUUUGGGGACAUCGAUCGCUCUCCCGCUGGGUUUUGGCUGAUCCAUUUCCCACUUUGAGAUGAGCUAGUGAGCGCAAUAUAAAGACGAAGGUAGCCUCUCCCAGUCAUUACUCCGAGGAGAUGGAGUGAAGACUCUUCGCCACUGACAUCAGCAGCAUUGUCUUCAGUAUGCGAUCCAUCCGCCCAGUCUUCUUCGCCACCCUGCUUGUGGUCCUCACAGUCGCGCUGACCUCGGGUGCCAGAAAUCCACGCUGGCCCAAACCCCAAAGUACCAAAAAGCCUCCUCUAGCUGGAAGCAGUGGUGGAGGAUUCCGACGGACUACAACCACCACCCCGUCUCCCUCCAGCAGCCUGCACACCGAUGAGACAACUGAGGGAAUGAUGGACGCCUACUCCUUGUCCGCUACAGACAGCACCACCUACUCCAGCAACACUUACCCCACUGAAUUCCACACUGAUGCCAUACCGCCUCCUGGGAACCCCCAAGGAAACUAUUCGCUUGACUAUAAUGAAUGUUUUUUUAACUUCUGUGAGUGCUGUCCACCGGAGAGAGGCCCUGUUGGACCCAUGGGAGAGGGGGGGCCACCGGGACCAAAAGGAGAGAGGGGCCCCGAAGGGCUGCCAGGAGAAAAGGGAGAAGUAGGGCCCAGAGGACCACCAGGACCAGCAGGACUACCUGGGGCCAAUGGACUCAAUGGCGACAGAGGUGAAAAAGGUGUUCAAGGACCUGUGGGUCUUCCUGGUGCUCCUGGGAUUCCAGGAAAACCAGGGGAAAAAGGUGAUCCAGGCCCCAAAGGAGAGAAAGGUGAGCGUGGCUUCAAUGGUUUGAAAGGAGACCCAGGAGAAAGAGGAGAGCCUGGCUUAAAUGGGACUAAAGGCAGCACUGGCCAAGAUGGACUUAUGGGUCUCUCAGGGGUAGCUGGCGCCAAGGGUGAAAAAGGUGAACAGGGACUUAAAGGCGAGGGUUUAACGGGCCAGAAAGGUGACAUUGGUGAGCGAGGCCCCCCUGGUACAACAGGGGAUAUGGGCCCCGCAGGAACAAAUGGAACCGAUGGUGCAAAGGGAGAGAGGGGAGAACCAGGACCACCAGGAGGAAAGGGGGAUUCAGGGGCCAGAGGGCCUCCAGGACCCCAGGGAAUUAGAGGCAUGGCAGGACAAAGAGGGGAGAGAGGAGUUAAAGGCGCCCGUGGUCCUCGGGGCCCUAAAGGCCCACCUGGUGAGAGUGUGGAGCAGGUGCGCUCUGCCUUCAGUGUGGGUCUGUUCCCCAGCAGAUCCUUCCCUCCGCCCGGCCUCCCUGUGAAGUUUGACAAGGUGUUUUACAACGGAGAGGGCCACUGGGACCCAGCACUGAGCAAGUUCAACGUCACCCACCCAGGGGUCUACCUAUUCAGUUACCACAUCACCGUACGCAACCGGCCUGUGCGCGCCGCUCUGGUGGUUAAUGGGGUGCGGAAGCUGCGCACGCGGGAUUCUCUGUACGGCCAGGACAUUGACCAGGCCUCCAACCUCGCACUGCUGCAGCUGAGCGAGGGCGACCAGGUGUGGCUGGAGACGCUGAGAGACUGGAACGGAAUAUUCUCCAGCAGUGAAGAUGACAGCACUUUCUCCGGUUUCCUGCUUUACCCAGACUCAAAGGACAAACCUAUGGCCUUAGAAAACCUCUGAUUGCGGAACGUGAACUUGAGUGAGCUCUGAACUUCUAGUAGACCCUGCUUAAUCUUCAGCCUAUUGCACUGCUCUGUCAAAUUAAUAUCAUUCAGCUACACUGCUCCAGUUACCGCUGCCACGCUCAUCAAACGAAACGCUUUGCUUGGCCUUCUGUGUUGGACGUGAGACUUGACUGUACUGCUCUAUGUGACACUUCAGCCCUUUUUAAGAAUGCAUUAAAAUGAUUCUGCUCGCAGUGAAUGACCCUCGUGUUUUAUUCAUUCAGAAACAAAGCACAGAGCUAAUUUGCACGCCAUUAGCUACUUCAUUGAGAACAGAUAAGCUCCGUGUCACUGAGGCAAAUACAAAUUUGAAAACAAUUUAGGCAAAUUAUUUAUAUUUGCAUUGCUUUCCGCUAGAGGGCGCAAUAUGCUCAAGUUUUAAACAUUUAAUGGAAACGCCAAAUAGAAGAAAUAAUACAAACUGUAAGAAGGCAACUCUGAAAAGGCAUAAUCAUAAUUGAUACACAUUUCUGUUUCUUUUUUCCAGUGAUAAGCAAAGAUUGAUGGUUGGAUUGAUUAGUGAUGAUGGCGCAGGGAAACCAGUAGAAAAAAAAACAACAUAAUAGAUUUGCUGAAGAACACCAAACUCAGAAGACCAGCAUCUGCAUUCAUUGUGCUCCAACACUGAGUAACAACAAAUUUACAAACGCUACAUCAAAUUAUUAAGGACAUUUUAGGAAAGUAAAAAUAAAAAUACAUUUAACACCUUUUCCAGAGCAUUUUCUUUCUAAUUUAAUUAACUGAUCCAUCACACACAAGACACAGAUUUGAAAAAAAAAUAAAGUCCAAUGUUAAGCAGUGUCCCCGCUGCUCA